ACGUUCAAGUUCUUGAAAAUAAUAUUGCCGCCUGGCGCGUUGCGUGGUGUGUUUCAAAGUGAACAGGAGCGUGGAAAAAAACUUAAACAAAUAAAAACGGUGAUGCAGCUUAGAAACAAACUAGAGUUACAUCGAAAUUGUCCGUUUACACUAACUAGUACAACAAAAACAAAAUACUAGCUACAUAUUUGUGAUAUUGAACGCUACUCACGAGCUCCCAGACGCUCUAUUAAUCAAAUCUUGUGGACAUCGAACAUUCGCCAGACACUGUGAAUCGAGAAAACGACCUUACACCCCUGCUAUGGCUAACUUUUAGGUGGACUGUACCGCGUGAAGAUCAAGGAUUGAAAAUGUUCUCAUUUGCAUUGAAAAGGCACUUCAAUCCCUGUGUGGGUCCAUCAUGGCGAUCUCUGCAGUGGGUACUCAGUGGGUCCAGCUGCAUGGUGAAGAGGGAAUGUUUUUACACCAGUUCCAACCCCUUGUUGUCUCCACAAGUUCCCACGGCAACGUCACUACUGUUCCCGAGACUAGCCUCCUCCAGGCUUCUGAGCCUCAGGUCCCUAAGCUUCUCUGCCUCUUUGCUCUGCCAGGGUCACCCCGUGCCCACGGCCCCUGGGAGAAGACAGGAGAACCAACAGCGCCUCAGCAUGAAAGCCCUGGCCUAUGCGCCUAAGCCUGCUUUGUACCUCGGCUUCUCCGGCCUCCUUCCAUUCCUGGGUGCCCCCCUCCUGAUGGCUGUGACCCAGUCCUACCUCCCUGAGGUGGCCUACGCCCAGGUGGUCUACGGGGCUUCAAUCGUGUCCUUCCUGGGUGGGGCCCGCUGGGGCUUUGCCCUGCCUGAGGGGAGCCCUGCCCAGCCCGACUGGAUGAACCUUGGCAACAGUGUGGUGCCCUCCCUGCUGGCCUGGCUGGCUCUGCUCUGCAGAGACAACAUCACAGAGGGAGCCCUUGUGGUCAUCAUGGGGCUAGGCCUGGCCCUGCACUAUGACCUCACACUGCUGCCUGGUUACCCCGGCUGGUUCAAAGCCAUGAGAACCAUACUCACUCUGGUGGCUACCUUUUCCCUGGUGGCCACACUGACAUUGCAGAAGAUGUGCCCGGAGAAGAAGAUCAAGGCACAAGAUAAUUGACUAGGAUCUGGACCUCCUCCUUGUCCGCCUCGCUCAUCCAUCCAGAGAACAGAACAGAAAAGUAGGGGCUUGCUGGCAGCCAGGACCAGCUUAUGGACACUGAACACCCGGCCUCCCAGCAGUAGCCUGACGUCACAGAAGUCUGCCCGGAGACGAAUCUUAUUCAUCUGGGCCAGGAUGCGGUCCGACACAAACAGUGCCUGCUCAGGGGACUGGGUCGUCACACCAGCUGCAGAUAUGUCACCGCCACCGUAGACCCUGCUCCCAGGGGUCUCUGUCACCAGGACAGAGACAGGGGUGGUGUCACAGAGACUGUACACACAUGCUACUGGACUCAAGGGAGAAGAGUACAAGAAACAUGAAAGAUGACACAAUCUCAAACAUAUACAUAUAUGUAACAUGCUGGUAUAUGAUAACAAACACCAUCAUAAUGAUUCAAGUGCCAAAUAUGUUCUCCUGCUGUUCUGCCUGUUGCUUUUGUCUUCAACUGUGUUUUUGUAUUCUUAUCUCCUUUAAAGUUAAAGUCAUGCAUAUAACUGCAUGUAUCAAUCACCAAAAAGUCCCUUGUCUUUAUAUCAUCACCACCAUCUGAUCUGGUUAUAACUGUAAAUCGGCUCAUGACAACAUCUUUCCUAUAAAGCAAACAUAAUUUAGCAGGCGCGCUACAUUUCUGCGGGUAUGUGAGAGAUGGGGUCAGAUCAUUUUAUUAUUUGAGUGGAAAAUCAUGACAAUCGAAAAUGCUGAAAUGGAACCUUUUCUUCACAAAGAAAAUAUAAUACACCAACCUGCACAGUUUCUUGCAAAUCGUCCUCAUUUUCUCUAGUUAGCUAGCUAGUUACUGCAGGCAACUUCCACAUACUUUUCUGGAUCGACGGUCUUGAGUUUAAUGACUAGGCCUGAUUAAGCAAAUACCAAACGUCUAAUCACAUCAACACCACGAGACGGCAGCAUUGCCUUUAGUGUGCAAGUGAAACAUCACAAUCGGCAGCAAUAAGGGCCUGGCCCAAAGAUGCUGGAACCAAAAGCCUGCUUUGCUGCCUGCUUGCCUACCAACAUGCAGGUCACAACCAUAGUUAACACAUGAUAAUUCUGCAUGUCGUAGUACUUGGUCAUAAGAGAAGCAAUAAAUGCCCAGUUUGCAAUAUCCCUCCC